AUGGCUCAGAGUCGCCAGAAGUCCUAUACAGAUGUGCGGCGCAGAGACUCAGAGUUUCAAGUUGAUAAUAGGGUGUUCUUAAAGGUUUCACCUAUUGUUUCACGUAUCCACGUUGAGAAAGUGUGUGGAAGACCCGUCGUGGUUGUUCCUACUGAUACUAUAACGGUUAAGGAUGGCCUAACCUAUAAAGAGAUCCCAGUGGCUAUUCUUGAUCGUCAGCAAGGCACCGAGUAUCGUGUUAUGCCCAGGCUAGGACAUCACAAAGUACUUCAUCGUAGUACUUGCCAAUUCGAAACUUUACCCAAGCUUGCUUUGAAACCUUUGAUUCAACACAAUUUUGCAUCAUUCGAAGUCUAUAGGGUUGGUAAUGGUCUUGAGUUGGCAACUUCACAUACUCCACUAAGGUAG